AGCGUCUAGAUUUUGCAGACUUCAUUUUGCUUACUAUAUUGAGUAUAUUUGCAAAUUCACGAAUCUUAAAAUUUUUGUUUAUUUAUAUUUUUUAAGUCCUUUAUUUUUAUUUAGAAUCUGAAUUUUAAAUCGUGCUCAACAAACAAAGGGAAUAAAGCAAGAAAACGAAAGGAAGCUUAAUAUCGUUGGUUAUAUAUAUUUUAUAUAAUUCAUAUUAGCAAUUAAUUACGCAUAAUUUAACAUGAACAAUGGAUGAAAAUAAGAAUUCAAAUUCCAAUCAAACAACUUCAGUCGAAACAUUUGAUAGCUGGACCCUGGUUACAGAAAACAAUCCGCCCCAAGAUGAUGAAGAUACCUCGACUUCUAAAAAUAAGAAUAAAGAAAGUGAACCGAAAAAAAUUGAAGUUUUAGAUAAUGAAAACUUAAAAUUACCAGAGGUUAACAUUGAAGAGUUAUCUGAUGGCAUAAGUGUUAUUAGUGAAAGUGAAAUGAUUGAUGAAUAUAGUGAACGAUUUUCUUUAGUCAAUGAGAACUUAUAUUCUAAUGAUUCACAUACAGAGAAUGAAUCUGAUACUUCAUUGAACGUAAAGGACAAUUCGCAAACCAAAAUUGUAACUUCUAAUAGCAAUGAGACAAAUAAUCAAGUUUCAAAUGAACUUAAAAAUUUAUUUACUGUAAAAAAGGUUGCUUCGGGAUUCUUUUACGCAACAUUGUUCGUUGUUAUUUUAGCUUUCAUUGGAAAAAUUAAAGUUUUUCAUGAUAUGACAUCAUCAGUAGAAAUUUCAAUGCUUGGAGAAAGAGUUGGCAAUCUAGAACUUCAUAAUAAUUUGUUACGAGCUGAAAUAGAUAUUCUUCAAAAAAAAGUUACAUAUUUAGCUAAUCAACUUAAUUUGAAUACAAAUCAAUUUAACAAAAAUCAAAAAUAUUCAAACCAGAAUCAAUAUAAUCAGCAAGAGCAAAAAGCAAAUGAACGCUCAAAUGAUCAAAAUGAAUCUGGUAAACAGAAAUAUCACGUCAAUAAUAAAUCAAAGAAAGAUGUAACAAGUGCUUGCGAAGACAACGAAAAAUAUGUUAAUGGUGUAUGCAUGGUAAUAGAAGAAUAUGAUGUGCCAAAUUCAAAGAACAAUUACAAUAAAGAAGGUAAACCUGAUAGUAAUGCUAAAGUACACUAUCAGCAAAAUGAAACUCCUUAUAUAAAAUAUAAAAAAGAGCAAAAUGAGAAAUUUCACAAUUAUAAAAAUAAUGAAUACAAAAAUUCAAAUGGAAAAGAAAAUUAUAAUUCAAUAGAGUCUAAUGAGAAUAAUGACAGCCACGAAACUGAUAAUCCAAGUUUGGAAAAUAAACGAGAUAAAAAAGAUGGUUAUUAUAAAAAUCAAAAUAAAAAAGAUCGGCAUAACAAUGGUUAUAAUAGUAAAGAAUAUAAAUAUGAUAAAUCAAAAGAAUAUAAUAAAUUUGAUAAAAAAAAACAUGAUAAUGAUUGGCAUGAUAAAUUAAUGGAUAGCCGGGAAAAUUUUCGAAAGCAAAAAUCCAAAGAAAAAGAUAAUAACUGGUACGUAGAAAGAGGACAUAGCAGAGAAGAAUUUAGAAUUUUUGAAGAUGACGAUUAUAAGAAAAAAAGAAAUAAUUACUAAACGUAAACAUUUUUAGUAAAAUAAUCUCAAAUGUUGAUUUUUUUUACAUUAAUUACCUAUCAUACUGCUAAUAUCGACCCCAAAACUUUUUUUUUUGGAUUUCGUGUGAUUUUUUUUUAUACUAAUAUAAUGGCACCCAAUAUAAAGAAGUGAAUAGAAUAAAAAUAUUUAUGUAAAAUUCUGAAAUAAAAAAUAAUUAAUAUUAAAUGAAAUAGACGCUACCUACUUAUAAAAGUAUUGGAUUAUGAUGUGUUGACACUAGGGAUGAAAUAUGUUAGGAGAAUAUCACAUAAUUUUUAAAAUAUUGUGUGAAAUUUAAUUUAUUAUUAUUAUUUUAUGUUAAUUAUAUUUUUAAAAUAUUAAACUUAAACAAAAUUACAAAAAUUUUAACUAAGUUACUUUUUAUGCAAUUUGUGAAAUUCAAGUAGGUAUAAUUUUAAAAAAAAAAAAAGUUUUUCAUUAAUUUUUGAUUUGUCUACAUAAAAUUAUGUACAUAUUUUAUUUUACUAUAUUAUGCCUAUAUAUAUAUAAAUAUAUUUGCAAAAUCUAUUUUAUAAAUCUAAAAUUAUAACGACUAUUAGUGUUAUUAUUAUUAUUAUUAUUAUUAUCCAUCCCAUGUUUGAAAAAAUUGUGAUUGUUAAAUUUAUUU